AUGAUUUGAUGUAGCCCCAAAGCGAAUCCUUUACGCUUUAGCUUGGAGUUAAAGGUCUUUCAUGUCUUUGAAGGAUAAGAUGAUACACACCGGAAUUCGUUCUUGUUUACCUGUGUUGAUUGGAGUAUGUUUGGGAUUCACACUGAAUGUGAUGAUAGCUCCCCUCCUUGACGAAACCUGUGACCCUUCGAACAUAAAUAGAAAACAGCUUAUCAAACUGAGGGAGACAAAGUCACUUUAUGAAUCUGAGAAACCCAGUGAAACUGUACAACCAAGAAUUAAACCAAAGAAAUAUGACAUACCCCCACCCCUGAAGCUGGAGAAUGACCCACAUAAAAAGCCAGUACGGCCUAGAUUCGUGGCCACGGAGCUGGGAAUUCGAGAGAAACUGUUUGUAGCAGUAUUAACAAGUCAAGAUACAGUAAACUCAUUUGCUUUGGCUGUAAAUAAAACCACAGCACAUUAUGUAACUAAACAAGUAUAUUUCAGCACUUCUAAGUCGGGGAAUGUGCCAGCAGGAAUGCCUCUUGUCAGUUUCACAGAUAAGGAUAACAAACAUCUACCACUACAUGUGUUAAAGUAUAUUUCAGAGCAUUAUUCUCGUAACUAUGACUAUUACAUGUUUAUAACUGACAGAACCUACAUAAGAGCUGAGAAAAUUUUUGAGCUUGUCAGUCACAUAAGUGUGAGUGAGGACAUUUUCAUGGGUGCUGCUGAUAUUCAUGGUGAUGGUGGUGCCACUAUGUGCUCUCUGGAAGGAGGAAUCAUUAUAUCUCAAUCAAUCCUACAGAAGAUCCUUGCCAAUUUAGACUGGUGUCUUGUCAGCUCCCCAGAUUCCAUUCCAACUCAUGUGUUUGAUCAUUGCGUUCAACAUUCCACAAAGUUGUCCUGUACUCAACAUGGAGGGGAUAAAGAAUAUAGAUUUUAUAAAGUGGAUGACUUUGAUUAUGAUGAUGACAUCACAACAUUGCGAGAGGACUGGCGCUUCAAUUCAUCUUUCUCCAUUUAUCCCAUGCCAGAUGAUCUGUCCCACUUUAAAGUGCACAGGUAUUUCUGCCAGUUGGAGUUGAAUUUGACAAGACUAGAGAUUAAUAAAGCCAAAGAAAACAUAAUUCAUCUGAGUCAUUACACCGUAGAUGGAGUCAAUUCGCUGACAUGGCCUAUAGGUACACCAGAGGCUACUAGACCAAAGAAAAGAUUUGAUGUUUUAAGAUGGAACUACUUUACAGAAUCUCACAUCUACUUUGAGGAUGAUUUCACAAACUUGAGUCCUCUCAGUGGAGUUGAUAAACAAGACAUUCAAGAAAUCUUAAAAACAGCUUUUAAGAGAGCCAACAAACUUUACCACAACAAGUUCAGCAAAUUUCAACUUCUCAAUGGCUAUCGGCGAUUUGAACCAUCACGUGGCAUGGAGUACAAACUAGACCUGAAGCUGAGAGAUAAAAACACAAACAGUGAUGUGCUGAAGAGGUUUCAUCUGCUGCGACCUCUCAAUAAACCAGAACUGGUUCCCAUGCCCUAUGUAACGGAGACUUCACAAGUUUUCAUUAUUCUCCCACUGUUUGAACAAGACAUUGAAGAGGGAUUUAAAUUUUUAAGUGAAUUUCAAAGAAAUCUCAUAGAAACCAAAGAUAAUUCUGUAUUAUGCAUUUAUCUGUUGUACAAGAAGGAAAAAUUCUCUUCAGAUCCAUUUGUUCGUGUUAAAUCUACCAUCACUUCCAUAACCUCCCUACCCAAUGCCAACAACAAGAUCAUGUCUAAAAGUGUCGAAAUGAAUUACUCCACAAUAAAAGAGAUCGAAGUCUAUGAUGUGAUAAUUUCAGACUUCAGUGCGAGCACACUGGUUACCAUAGCAACCCCAGCUAUGGAACUGGACCUGGAUUAUAUAAACAGAAUAAGAAUGAACGCCAUUGCUGGAGUACAGAUAUUCUCCCCUAUUUCUUAUUGGCAGUACAAACCAAAUCUGGCUUACGACCAGAAACCCUAUCCUGACUUGGUGGAACUGAACCAAAAGUAUGGACAUUUUGACCCUCUGUCCUUUGUCCACACUUCUUUUUAUGUGUCUGAUUUUCAGAAAGCUAGGCGUUCAUUGACUGCGGUUGAAGUGAAAAACUUCUCUUUGAUCAAUAUGUUUCUGAAAUAUCAGAAGCUGCACAUUUUCCGAGCUGCCGAGCCAUCCCUAAAACUUCGCUGGCAGAAUAUAACCUGUAGUGAAGGAAUCAGCCUUCAAAGAAACCACUGCCAAGAAAGACAACAUCAGCAUUUGGCCACAAGAGCACAACUGGCCAAGCUGUUGUUUGAGUAUAAUGAGGAAAAGGAUGAAGAGGAUGAAGCCGAAGAAGAAAUUGGAGAGGAGGAAAUUGUUGAAGUCCCAUUUGAUAAACCGUUUCUUGUGAAUCAUUUGAAUGAUGGAAAGUUGUCCAAUUGAUAAAAGUUAGUCUUCGCUUAGUAUUAGAUUAAAUCAGGUCAAUUUUGAUUUAAUACUCAACUUUGCUUUUCUUAGAGCUGGUAAUAUUCAUAUAGUUUGUGUUUUUAUACUGAGCUAGGAAUUGGGCCACACAUUUCUUUCCUUCUAUCCAUGGUAAAUUAUCCAAGAAUAAAACUUUUGGGAUCAAAUAUACAGAUAUAAGCUUUUUGGUUUUUUUUCAUCAACAAUUUUUGAAAAGAGAAUUUUAGGAUUCUGCAGUCUGAUAUGAGUGAAAGGAGAAGGGGGGCUGAUUUUAAUCAGACUGAGGAUUCUGAAUAGGAGUUUAAGAAAAGGAAUACUUUUUAGAACAAGAAUAUGUAUUAGAAACUGUCUACUGUUGCUAUUACAUUUAUAAACAAAAAAAAAAAAAAAAAAACUUCUCAAGGCACUUAAGUGACCUAUGGCUUUAGGUUCCUGACCUUUGUCAUAUGUGUCAUUCAUUACCUUUUUUUCAUUACUGAAAUACUAACUGUUAGAACAAAUUUAAAAAAUAAACAUAGUGUAAAGCAUUUAUAGAUAAAAGGGAACAAAUAUUAUGAAUUUCAUGAUUGGGGUCCCCAUGGGGCAUCAGUUAUGGAUGGGUCCAAAAGCAUCAAAAUUCAUGCUAUCUUCAAAAAAAUCUUCUAUUAUCAUGAUUAUCCUGAUCAUUCAGGGUGUAAUCUGUUUGCAUGAUGGAGCUAGCCCUCAAUCAAAUAAAAUUCAUGACCCCUUGGUCCAAACCUCAGGCCCAAGGAUGGGGAAAAUUUUGGAGAUGUAUUUAAAAUAAUUACAUUUUAUAAUAAACUUCUUUGUAUUGGCCUCUGUAAAAUGUAGUAUUAGCAAAAUAUGUAUAAUGGUAUUAAGAUAUUGAUCUUUUUUCAAAAUUGCUUGUCCAAGGCUCAGAUUCUAUGGUGGGGCUAAGUUUAUUAUAUUUUCUUUACUUCUGAGGUUAUAAGAGAAAAGCUUCAUAAAUCUGAUAAUGAACAAAGAAUUCUCACCAAGUUGUAAAAUUCAUUACACAUACAUUGUAAAUCCAGUUUAAUUCGGUUCCAAGUUGGGCUGACUUUGUCAGGGGUUGAGUAACAUUAUGUUCAGGUGACCACAAAAUCCAUUGAACCUCUUGCUUACCUGAGUGAAAAUACAGUAUUGACAGAAUUCAUCAUUUAUCAUCUUCUUAUUGUUCUUCUUUUCUCAGUUUAUGCCAUUUUUUUUUCUGCAUUUUUACUUCAAAAUUUUUGGUCUAUUUUGCUUCUAAUAUAAUUUUGUUGUACACUCAUUAUUGAGUUUAAUUUAAUGAUUUGAUAUACUGUAUAUCACCUUUUUUUUCAUGAGAAGUUUGUUUCACAUAAUUACAUGUAUGCGAGACAGUGUGCUCGCGAAAAUCUCAUUAGUAUUCCGUAAGAUUAUAUAGAGCAAUAACCAAAAACGUGACUACAUGACUAUCUCGCGAAAUAAGGUCUCACGAAAAUUUACAGUAUAUACAUGCAAACCUAAGCAGUAUUAAGUAAAUUUAUUAAUUUAGUAUGUCAUUACUGAUGAAAAACAUUCAUUUUUGAUCUUCAUAUUUAAGUUCCCCUAAAAAUCUGUUAACUUGUUAUGAUUGUGAUUUUCUUUUCUCAUAUUUUCCUGAAAUAUUGUGCAUUGACAUCAAUGUUAAGAAAGAGGUUUUAAAAUAAUAAAUUAGCAAGAGUGAAAAUAAGAUCUGGUCAUGAUUUUAUUGUAAGUCAGAUGUUCAUCUACAGGUGUAAUUAUUUUUAUCUCCUGUAAAGUUACUUUUUUUUUACUUUUAUUUCUUGAACUUGUUAAUGUCUUCCAGUAUAAAGAUUGUGCCAAAUGGAAAUACAUACAUAAUACAAAUGCGUAUUUGUCUUAACUUACAAGAUGUGUUCAAACAACUAUUUUUAUUUUGUUCCAAAUUUGUGAUACUGUGUUUUAAGUGUUAAAUAGAACUAUUCAUUGACAUGAUUUUUUUUUAGUAUUUUAUUGUAUAUAUUUUAUACAAUUACAUGAUGAUGUUGUCAAUACAUGAGUAAAUUUUUCAUUGACCAAAGAUAACAGUAUUGAUUUUCAUCAGUAUUUGAAGAAUGAGAGCAAACGUAAUAGAACAUCUUAUUAAAUAUAUGGUCAUGAAAAUAUGCUUUUCCUGAGGAGAAAUGUUAAAUAAAAAUGUUUAAGGGAUUUCAAAAUCUUUUGCAGAUGUACAUGUUCAUGAUGUACAGAUUGAAAUGGAGAAUAUAAGCUUUGUAAUAAAUAGUUGCAAGUUA